AUGCAAUCAAAAAAUAAGCAGGAUCAGUGCCUAUUGCAGAAGAAACAAUCUGUAUUUGGGAGGAACAAUUACAGCUCCUUGUUAGUCAAGCAAAGGCAGCCACCCCGGAAGAACGAGAAAUCGGUACCAAGGGCCAAAAGAUUGAAGAAGAAGCCUCAAGUAGUACCAGACCAACCAAGUCAGCUCCAGCUAGAAUGCCAGUACACGCCUGAAUUGCAGGACGUACAGAAAAAGCCUUCUAAACUGCGCAGACUUGGGCGCAUUGCAUCGCAAGACGCAAAGCUGUCAGCCUUGGGGAAAAAAUCUUCCAAACCCAAAGGACAGAAGACGCGGAAUCGGAAGGCUUUGUCAUCCCAGCAAAAACCAGCGGUGUUAUUUCUUCCCAAAACUCAAAUAAUAUUCCAUCGGCCUUUACCGGCUUCAAUACAAGACAAAAUAAGAAGCAAGCCAUUGGGCUGUGAAAUGGUGCCGGAGCCCCUCAAAACAACCGGCUUUAGCGAUGCACAAGGUGCCAGCAGCCAGAGUGGGGUCCCGGGGGCUCUUCGAGGUGGAGCCCCGCUUUCUAGUAAUCUGCUGACCGUUCCUCAGUUAAAAACAGACUUUUGCAUAAAACAAGGAAGUGAAAACGGGCAGAUGUUUACAGAAAAAGACAAGAAUUCUCAGGUACAACAAACCACGAAUAUCCCUCAGCUGCAUCCUUUCUCUCAGAUCUUCAGUCGGAGAGCUGGCCACAUCUGCGAGGAAAACCAAGCUAGACCACAGGACACUGUGGAGCAAAAGGAUCAAAAUCUGCGACUGAUCCCCCGUAACAGUGAUGAUGCCCUGCCAGGGGAUACCAUGCAUACUGUUAGAAAUGUGGAGCAUGUAAGUGAAGCUACAUUUCCAACAUUAAGAACUUUAGAGACUGAAAAGCAACAGGGUACUGGGAACUUAAGGUGUUCUCCAACCAAGAAUACACUCAGUAGUUUUCUUGAAUCUCCCAUGACAUUCUUAGAUACCCCUACAAAGAAUUUAAUUGAUACACCUACAAAGAAAGGACAGAGUAAUUUUGCAACCUGUGACUGCGUGGAACAAAUUGUAGAGAAGGAUGAGGGUCCAUAUUAUACACACCUUGGAACGGGCCCAAACAUUGCUGCAGUCAGAGAAAUAAUGGAGGACAGGUAUGGAGCAAAAGGAAGCGCUAUAAGAAUAGAGGUAGUGGUGUAUACAGGCAGAGAAGGAAAAAGUUCCCAGGGGUGUCCAAUUGCCAAGUGGGAAAAACCAUAUAAAUUGGAAUUUCAGAAAUAA